AUGGAUGUCAAGGCUGGUACUACGAAAAUAUUCUUGGCGACGAUGAAUUUACAUUUCGUUCAGCAUGAAUUUUGUUCUCACCAUUGGGUGCAUUUAUUUUCGAUCACAGGCGAAUUUACUUUCCGGAAUUUGUUCACACCGCACAAUCUCAGGCCAGACAGCCAAUUCCAGUAUACGCUCUAUCGAAUGCCUCAGCCUAACUUCGAAGAUUUACUGACGGUAGAGCUACCAGGAGCCAUGGACUUCCAUCACAUAUCACUCAAGCUAUUCCGGAUCUCACAGUUACUCUCCAUCGAUGCCUUACCGGCCCAUUAUCCGCAUGGCCCUGCUACAGCAUGGCGCACCUUCUGGUUAUCUUCCUUCCCUCACCAGGCGCACACCGUGCUCUGGAGAUAUUACCAUCGCAAAUUGCCAACACGCCAACGUCUCCACCAGCUUUAUCCGGAUCGACGCUUGUAUCCUUACUGUCUUCUAUGUGGAGGCGUCGAAGACGAUGAGCACUUCUUGUGGUCUUGCAUGCUCAAAAAAGAAACCUGGUCACGCAUUGCAAAUCGCUUUUUACAGCCUAUUGCGAGACUUGCCUAUGAAUCCCUGGCCUUAGGCUCGUCUAAACAUAUAGAAGCGCUUUCAGGGCUAUGUGUUGAUGGUCAAACAAUCAUUGCUUGUACGGUCUGGGCUAUCUGGCGGCGUCAAUGGCGUUUUGUAUUUAAUGGUCGUACCUUCUGGCCCGAUGAAGCUGCUGCACGAGCAACUCAAGCAAUCAAGCGAAUACACGAUGAGAAUAUCUAUAGAGAGCGUCUAAAAUCAUCUUGCUCAGGUUAACGCAACCUUUAUUUUGUCCCGUGCUUCUAUGUUCUUUAUUAUUUUCUUUAAUAAGUACAAGCUAACUGGCGGUACUUGAAUAAAAUA